AUGCUGUCGCAAAUAGCCAAGUUCUACGAUCCUUUGGGACUGUUAGCACCAGUUAUCAUUUAUGCAAAAAUAAAAAUGCAACAAUUGUGGAAAACUACAACAAAGUGGGAUGACCUUGUUCCCCCAGAAAUAUUAUCACCUUGGCGGCAGUACCAGAAACAAUUACAUCUGCUGAAUCAUUGGAAAAUUCCGAGAGCUGUUCAAGACCCAGGUGCAGAUGAACUUCAACUCCAUGGCUUUGCAAACGCGAGCGAAAGGGCUUAUGGAGCGUGCAUUUAUGUACGCUCAACAAGAGGAGACGAACAUCACUCUACGUUAUUUUGCGCAAAAUCCAGAGUUGCGCCAAUAAAGAAUUUAAGCAUGCCAAGACUGGAACUUUGUGUAGCGGUGCUCUUAGCUAACCUUUAUAAGACUGUAACGAAUUCUUUCAGCCUUAAAUUCAGUAAAACAAGGUUUUGGUCCGAUUCUACUAUUACACUCAAUCAGAUCAGCUCAUCUCCUCAUAAAUACAAGACUUUCUUCGCUAACAGAAUUGCUGAGAUACAAGAUCUUACUCCUGUAACAAACUGGAAAUACGUUUCAUCAAAGGAAAACCCUGCGGACUUCGUCUCGAGAGGACAGCUUCCUCAAGAAUUCAUCCACAACUUACUUUGA